AUGCGCGACCUCUCCCGUAGCCGCAUCACCCGCCUGCCCACGGAAGGACUCAUCAACAUCACCGAGCUAGUGAUAGAAGACACGCCCACCAUGAAACAGUUCCCGUCCGUCUUCAAGUUCUCCCAGAUCCACACGGCCCGCCUCACCUACCCACACCACUGCUGUGCCUUCCGGCACGCGGAUAAGCAGGGUCACGAGGACUCGGGCCACGGGGAACAACUCUCCCGGCUCAGCGCGUGUGCCGCACAGAUGACGCCCAGCCCCUUCAUCACACACACGGCGCCCACACCGUUCUCCAGCACAGCUUUCAACUUUCGGUUCCGGCGAGGCCUGGACUUCCUGUCGUCUCAGUUUCACUUUGUGAUGAACCAGGAGCUGGUGGUGGGCGGGGGCGGCGGGGAGGAGGUGAGUCUAGGUCUAGGGGACGGGUUCAACCACGGCUUUGGUCCCAUCAUCACCCCGUCCACCAAGUCGACCAUCUCGCUGCACACCGGCCACACACAGAGCAACAACUGGCACGAGGAGCCGAGGGCGCCCAACGAGACCAAGUGGGUGGCCUGUGGGAACUUCUCCUCGCCCAAAGACUACUCCGAGGUGGUGUGUACCCCGCAGCCCAACGCCUUCAACCCGUGCGAGGACGUGAUGGGCUACGAGUGGCUCCGAGUGUUUGUCUGGUUCGUGGCUCUUGCCGCUCUCUGCGGGAACCUGCUGGUCAUCGUUGUGCUUCUGACCGCCCGCAGCAAACUGACCGUGCCCAAGUUCCUCAUGUGUAACUUGUCCUUCGCCGACCUGCUCAUGGGUCUCUACCUUCUGCUCAUCGCGUGCGUGGACGCUCACACUCUCGGGGAAUACUUCACGCACGCCGUGAGCUGGCAGAACGACGGGGGUUGUCAGGUGGCCGGCUUCCUCACCGUCUUCUCCAGCGAGCUCAGCGUGUUUGUGUUGACCAUCAUCACCCUGGAGCGAUGGUACGCCAUCAGCCAGGCCAUCCACGUCAACAGACGUCUGCGCAUGCGCCAGGCCACGGUUCUCAUGUGUGCCGGGUGGCUGUACGCGUUGGCUAUGGCGAUCCUCCCUCUGUUCGGAGUGAGCGGCUACGGCGCGGUGAGCAUGUGUCUGCCCAUGGAGGCUCGUGACGCUGUGGACAUUAUCUACAUCAUCGCUCUCCUCGUCUUCAACGGCGUGGCGUUUGUUGCCAUCUGCGGCUGCUACAUCAGCAUGUUCCUGCAGGUGCGCGCCAGUGAGAGUAUGGCCAGGAGCAACGACGCCACCAUCGCCAAACGCAUGGCCAUCCUCGUCCUCACCAACUUCAUCUGCUGGGCGCCCAUCGCUUUCUUCGGCCUCACCGCCUCCUCCGGGAUCCCUCUCAUCGACAUCACCAACUCCAAGAUCCUGCUCGUCUUCUUCUACCCGUUCAACUCGUGCGCCAACCCGUUCCUCUACGCCAUCCUCACCAAACAGUUCCGUAAGGACGUGUUCAUCCUGCUGGGCCGACACGGGAUCUGCACCAAGCGCGCCAACCGCUACAAGGGCAGCUCCGUGGCCUGGUCCUACUCCAAGAACGCGGGAAUGAUGGUCCAGACAGGACGCCACCCGUCCACAGACAUCAGCCUGCUGGGACAGUACCGGAAGGGAUCCAAGGCGUCGGUCGUGCUCAACGGUUCCUCCCCGCUCAGCAGCGCGCGCGGCAGUUUCCCGCGCAUGACACCACACUCCACGCCCGGCGACACGCCCACCACCUCGCCCAAAGACACCGACCCUCCCUGCCGGGACUUCCCGCAGAGGAUCAUCUUCUCCUCCUCCUCUACCCCACCCACCGCUGGCUCCUCCUCCUCUUCCUCCUCCUCUUCUUCCUCUUCCUCCUCCUCCUCCUCUUCUUCCCUCCCCGGCACCACGAGCGCGGGUAACUGUGAGGUGAAACAGAGCAAGGCGGAGCGGAAGUUGAGCACGGUGAUCGAGACGAGCCACGCGUCAGACGGCGGCCACUCAGAGGACGGGACCUCGUGCAACAUCAACUACGUCCCUUCCGGCGAGCACCAGGAGCGGGUCCUGGCGGGGAGGGACAGCCUCCGGGAUCUCUUCGCCGGGAACCCACACGGACGUGUGCGCAGCGCCAGCGAGUAUGUCGUCAUCUUCAAAGCCAGCCCCGCCACCAAACAACAGCAGCUACAGCAGCAGCCCUCGCAACAACAACAACAACAACAUCAACAACAACAACAACAACUAGAAGCACAACAACAGCAACCCCUACAACAACAAAAGAAGAAGGCGGAGGGUCGGGUUCCCCUAGAGCGCAGCGACGCCUUCGAGCGACAGACGAGCCGAGACACGAUGCUCAGCAACAACACCCUCAGCUCCUUCCUCAGCGACUGCUCCUCCUCGCGCCUGGACAGCGACUUCGAGCCCCGCUCUGACCGGAAGAGCUCCCAGAGCAGCUACGUCACCAACUGCAGCCUGGACAGUAAGCGCGACAGCGGGGUCAGUGACCUCUGUAACCCGGACACGGCCGGCUACCUCAUCAACACCAAGGUCAAGAACCGAGCCUCCAAAACCUGCACGCUCCAAAGCCCCGAGGAGACGGACUCGCUGAUUGGUCGGUCGUCCCAGCUGUGUGGUGGCCGGCGGUCGGAGGACGGGGAGAGAGGGAGCCGGUACAAGAGCAUGAACAACCGGCUGUCCGGAGACUCUAUCGACGAGGUGGAAGACACGACCGGCGUGUGGAUAGAGAGACGGCGCCCCAACUCGUUCACCGCCAGUUUCUCCUCCUCCCGACACAGCGAGGGCCCCCACACCGACUCCCCGCUCUCUCUCUCCGCCUCUCACUGUGAGGUCAUGGAGGACAACUCCAAGAGUUCCCAGUCCCUUCUGGGGCACACGUGACUCGUGGACAACACACGGGACACAGUUACUGUGUUGUGUAAAUGUACCAACACAUAGGAGACAGUUACUGUGUUGUGUAAAUGUACCAACACACGGCAGACAGUUACUGUGUUGUGUAAAUGUACCAACACACUGGAGACAGUUACUGUGUUGUGUAAAUGUACCAACACAUAGGAGACAGUUACUGUGUUGUGUAAAUGUACCAACACAUAGGAGACAGUUACUGUGUUGUGUAAAUGUACCAACACAUAGGAGACAGUUACUGUGUUGUGUAAAUGUACCAACACAUAGGAGACAGUUACUGUGUUGUGUAAAUGUACCAACACAUAGGAGACAGUUACUGUGUUGUGUAAAUGUACCAACACAUAGGAGACAGUUACUGUGUUGUGUAAAUGUACCAACACAUAGGAGACAGUUACUGUGUUGUGUAAAUGUACCAACACACGGGAGAUGGUUACUGUGUGUGUAAAUGUACCAACACACGGGAGAUGGUUACUGUGUUGUGUAAAUAUACCAACACACGGCAGACAGUUACUGUGUUGUGUAAAUGUACCAACACACUGGAGACAGUUACUGUGUUGUGUAAAUGUACCAACACACGGCAGACAGUUACUGUGUUGUGUAAAUGUACCAACACACGUGAAAUAGUUACUGUACCCCGAGGUGUUACCAAUAUUUGACGUUCAUGGCUGCUCGGUCCGUGGUUGGAUGUAUCUGUGUGUGGUUUUUGCCUCGUCUGGGAAUAAAAAUGUCAGAGUCGCGUGGCCAGGAGUCUGGGAAGGUGUGUGUCAGCCACGGGUCAUUGUAGAUGUGUAAAACAAGAGUGGGUGUGUUUGUGGGGGGCUGUCUGAUGGUCUGCGUGUGUGGAUUUCUCCCUGGCCGUGCCAUGAACUGAUGGAGUUGCUAGCGCCGUAAAAAUGGCUAAAACAGCACCUGGGCGUGGAUUGCUGGUGCCUCUAUAAAUACAUAAUUGAGGGUCGCUGUAAAAAUCUGACCAAACAGAGAGAGCAGAGCUGCUUGUGUGUGUCUUGAUCCUGCCAGUAACUGUUGUAACGGCAGACGAUAUUCGGAGACGUCUCCGGCGAGCACCCAGGAACUAUUCGGAGACGUACUCCCGCACACAGAUGCACUGCUUUGGGGAAUCAAACUGCGUUUUGUUUGCUACAGAUCACACAUACAGCCACUAAAACUAUCCCAAAUCAAAAAUUAUUUUCAAGAAAACGUCAAAACUAACCGCCAAAUAUCAAAGUACGGAUUGAAACAUGAGGCAUGCCCCUCUGUUACCCCCCAGAUAGUUUUUUACUUGGUCCAGAAGCACAAAGCAUUGUGAUUGGUCUAUCUCCGUCGGAGACGUCUCUGGAGAGAUACUGUUGUCUCAACUCGAAGGGAAAGAUUCGCUCACAGGAAUGACUCACCCCUGGAGGUACAGAGAAGGAAUAAAACAAUCCUGAUCUGGGCUAUGGAGGUUGUCAACAAACGUCAUGGCGGUGGUGGUCGAGUGGUUAGACUCUCGGACUCGCAGCUGUAAGGUCUGGGCUCGACGUUAUGUCCUGGGGGAAAGCCACUUCACACAAAUGUUCUCCACUUCACCCAGGUGGGAAUAGAUACCUGGCUAUUUAUAGUAAAGUUGGUCCCGCAUCCGAUCCGGACAUUGGGGAUUGCCUUGUUUGUGAGACAACUUCCUGGGCCUUCGGUAUAUUGUGGUAGACAGAGGAAGAUUUCGUCAGUUUGUUAGUGUUUUAGCGCUCGUGUAACCUGCAGCUUGCCCUGUAUGCUUCCCUGGAAACCGAGAAUGUUUCUGGGAGUUCUAGGGUCUGCUGGGGAUGAUAAUAGUUGUGAAGCACAUACAACAUACAACAUACUGGGGAUGGUAACAGUUGUGAAGCACAUAGGCCUACAACAUGUUGGGGAUGAUAACAGUUGUGAAGCACAUACAACUUACAACUUGCCGGGGAUGAUAACAGUUGUGAAGCACAUACAACAUACAACAUACUGGGGAUGAUAACAGUUGUGAAGCACAUACAACAUACAACUUGCCGGGGAUGAUAACAGUUGUGAAGCACAUACAACAUACAACAUACUGGGGAUGAUAACAGUUGUGAAGCACAUAGGCCUACCACAUGCUGGGGAUGAUAACAGUUGUGAAGCACAUACAACUUGCUGGGGAUGAUAACAGUUGUAAAGCACAUACCACAUGCUGGGGAUAGGAGCAAGAGAAAUGCAACUAUAAUAAUUAUUGUUUUUGUUGUUUUUGUUAUUAUUGCUGUUGUUGCUAUCACCUCCGAGACAGACAUCAGAUCUGCAAGUUCAGGUCGGUAAAAGCAACGUUCCCCCCCCCCUCCCUCACACACACAUUCACCCAUGUCUCUGUAUAUCGAUUUAGCUGCAACCCCACAGUGACCCCACUGUGACCCCUACAGUGACCCCGCUAUGACCCCCAGAGUGGUGACCUCACUAUGACCCUUACAGUGACCCCACUAUGACCCCGCUCUGACCCCUACAGUGACCCCACUAUGACCCCUACAGUGACCCCGCUCUGACCCCUACAGUGACCCCGCUAUGACGCCCCGUGACGACUGCAGAUGUUGCACACAAGCAGUUUGAAAUGGGGCGGGCCUUUUGUUUGUAUAUUGUGGGUUUUUGUUGUUGUUGUUGUUGUUGUUGUUGUUGUUGUUGUUGUU